AUGGUGAUCCUUCAGGUGAAGAAUGAUACGAGGGAGAUCUUGAACGUCCUCGCUGAUGAUAGCCCGGUAUAUGAUGGGCAAGGUAUCGUGAAUCGGGUGGUUCCGAUAUUGAACGACGAGGGCGAAGAUGAGGUGGGAGGUGAUGAGACGAUCGAGGUUCUACGGCGGGGUAUUGAUGAUGUUCAUCGCCAUGAUAAGGUGGUUGGUUGA